AUGUUGGCCCUGAUAAACAGGCUUUUGGACUGGUUCCGAUCCCUUUUCUGGAAAGAAGAGAUGGAACUUACACUCGUGGGACUUCAGUAUUCCGGGAAGACCACCUUCGUCAAUGUGAUUGCUUCAGGCCAGUUCAGUGAAGACAUGAUUCCUACGGUUGGAUUCAACAUGCGGAAAGUCACAAAAGGCAACGUGACUAUUAAGAUAUGGGAUAUAGGCGGGCAGCCCCGCUUCAGAAGCAUGUGGGAACGCUACUGUCGAGGAGUGAAUGCUAUUGUGUAUAUGGUGGACGCAGCAGAUCGAGAAAAGAUAGAAGCGUCCCGAAAUGAGCUCCACAACUUGUUGGACAAACCACAACUACAAGGAAUUCCAGUUCUAGUGCUAGGCAACAAGAGAGACUUGCCCAACGCCCUGGAUGAGAAGCAGCUUAUUGAAAAGAUGAACCUAUCUGCCAUUCAGGAUCGGGAAAUCUGCUGCUACUCGGUAUCCUGCAAAGAGAAAGACAACAUCGAUAUUACACUACAGUGGCUCAUCCAGCACUCAAAGUCACGGAGAAGCUGA